AUGUGUAACGGUAGUGACUAUGCAGUAGGAGCGGUCCUUGGGAGAGUUGGUAAGGUUCUUCAUGUUAUAUACUAUGCCUCUUGGACUCUUAAUGAUGCUCAGUUGAAUUACUCUACUACGGAGAAAAAGCUUUUAGCGGUCAUCUUUGUUAUAGAAAAGUUUUGGUCUUACUUGAUUGGAACUAAAGUUAUUGUUUACAUUGACCAUGCAACUCUUAAAUAUUUUCUAGUUAAGAAAGAAGCAAAGCCCAGACUUAUUCAGUGGAUUGUACCCCUUCAAGAUUUUGAUUAUGAAAUAAAAGAGAAGAGAGGCUCAGAAAAAUUGGUGGCUGAUCAUUUAAAUUCAUAUGCAUAUUGCAAGGCUUGUGAUCAUUGUCAACGAGUAGGUAAAAUGACUGCUAUGGAUCAAAUGCCCCAAACUCCCAUACAUAUUAUCGAGAUUUUUGAUGUUUGGGGCAUUGAUUUUAUGGGACCAUUUCCAUCGUCAUGCAGUUUUGAGUAUAUUGUUUUAGUGGUUGAUUGUGUGUCUAAGUGGGUGGAAGCAAAAGCAACUAAAGUAGAUAAUUCUAAAACAGUAGUUGAGUUCAUUAGAACGAAUAUAUUUGUGAUAUUUGUGACUCAUAAAGUAACUUCUGCCUACCAUCCACAAGCAAAUGGCCAAGCCGAGGUAUCGAAUAGCGAAGUCAAGUCUACUCUUGAAAAGACGGUGAACCCAAAUAGGAAGGAUUGGAGUGUAAGACUAGAUGUUGCUCUAUGUGCAUAUCACAGGGCAUACAAAACACCGCUUGGUAUGUCGCCGUAUCGGUUGGUGUAUGGAAAGACUUGUAAUUUAGCGGCUGAAUUAGAGCAUAAAGCUUGGUGGACUGUGAAAAAGUGUAACAUGGAGAUGGAUAAUGCAGACCAAUAA